CCAACAUGGCUACAGCUGACUACAAGCGGAAUGUCAAAAGUAGCGGAGCAGCAUCAAUGAAAUUUCGUAUAUCUGCAAGAUGAUUCGAUUAAUUAUUUCGGAGUUAAGUGAUCGAACUUGUUUAUUUGUGUUGUAUUUCAAAAACCAGAAUUUUAACAGGGACACCCAUUGAUAUAUUUGUUCCGCUAGAACUGUUAUUGUAUUGUACUUUAUUUCAUAAAUUUAUCCUGCAUCUGACAAAAAUUUGGAGCAGAGUUCAUUAAGAUAUAUCCAUGAUGACUGAUUCAGAGAAACUUUUUGCUUGUUCCUCGUCAGGCUGCAACAUGAGCUUUACAAAUGAAGAUCAAUUAACGGUGCAUAAAAAGAAGCAUGACAUGAGCCUGAAUCUUGGCAAUAAUUCUAAAAAUGGAUUUGUUGCGGAUCAAACUCCAACUCCAACAAGGUUCUUCAAAAAUUGUGAAGAGGUUGGUUUAUUUCAAGAUCUACAAAAUGUAGUCAAUCCUUUCGAAGAGACGUUUCGGAGGGCAGUUGAGGCUGGAAACACUGGCACACUUACAGUACCAGAGGCUGGAAUUGCAGACGAUACGUUGCAUACUCCACAUAUUUUUCCUUAUAUAUCAGAUGUGUUACCAGCAAGUAAUCAAAUUCUUCCUGAUGACAAUGUCGAGGAUUGUCCUUCGACUGUGUCUCUUACAGAAAAGAGUGCAGAAGUGGAAAGCGUGAAACCUGAAGAAUAUAGCAAUAUUGAAUUAAGUACAAAUGAAACGCAGGAGUUGAUAAAAGAUGAAAAUAUGACAUCUGUGAAAGAUAAUACUAUCGCAUCAGAUAUUGUUGUUACAAAUGCAAAUGCGCCUACAGCAGCUGAACUUUCACCGCAACCUUUGUCGCAUCUGUCCAUCAACGGCGAGGAAGUGCAACUACUACUAAAAACAGCGGAUGGUAAGUUGAUGCAGCUGUCGGCGACACCAGUGUCCGAGUCUUCAAAUGUCUCCAAUGUUAGUACCAAAGAGCAAACAGUCGUUAUUAAAACUGAACCUCCUCUGCGAUGUGCAAUGAAAUCGGACAUGCAGUCACCCAAGAAAACUGUGAUUUCCAGAUUAUCCUUGGCGAAAAUGAAGUUGAAACAAACCUUAUCCAAAAACGUGAUCACGCAAAAAGCGAUUGAGGGAUGUGGAAAAACGGAUGCAACUGCCGCUUCAAAGAAAGAAAAUGUUAAAAAAACCGUCGAUCAGCUUAAAAAGAAAGACAUCCUCGAGCGUAAUCGUGCCAGUUCGAUGCGCGCGAGAGCCAAGAGAAAGGCGUGGAUCCAAGAUCUCCAGAGGACGGUCACUAACGUGAACGAGGCAAACGCAGCGUUGCAGAUGGAAGUAAAGGCAUUACGCGUGGAAGUGGCGAAGCUGAAGACUCUUUUGCUGGCCCAUAAAGAUUGCCCGGUUACGAAAGCAAUGCAGAAAGGAAAUGGAAUAGUCCUUGGACCUAAAAUAAUAUCAGUUAGUAAUUCGGAGAUAUUGACGGUGCCAAUAUCGGCCAAUGGCGUUUCCAUAAAACGAUCAAUUUCUUGUAAGGAGAGCUCAAAUGUACGGAUGAAGAAAGCGGCUGUUUCGAUCACAAAGAAUCCCGUGAUCUUCCCAAAGGUGGAUUGCGCCACCGCUAAUCUUGCGAUUCCGAACGCUACGAUUAUAAAGAGUUUGCCGGCGUUGAAGAUCGUGGGAGUCAAUCAAUUUCUGCCGGAGAAACCGGAGGAAACGAAGCAGAUACUAAUAGUACAAAAUCAGCCACGAAAAUUGUGCGAGGCCACAUCUAGGCAGAUUAUUCAGAUAAAUCCGAAUUACGAAGUGGAACACGCGGCAUCGAAAAGCGCGGGAACGUAACUAAUCGCUCUCGGAAACGUUCGCGCGUUUAUAAUAUGAAAACUCUCAAGACAAGUUGGAUAUCAUAGUUGAAUGAAUCGGUUCUACGAUUCACGCGAUGGUACAAGUUACAUGACGUUACAAGAAAAAUCUUGUAAAAUCUAACUUUGCGUUUUUUCCGUUUUUUUUUAUCGUUCUAUGACUCAUUUCAUAUAUUCAUUUCACGAAUAUUUGUUUAACAAACGUUAUAGCCGUUAUAAUAUAUUCUUGCAGCUGUUAGAGAUAUAUUCUUAACAUAAAGGAAGAUGAAGUGACACAGGUGUUACCAUUUUUUGUAUUAUUUAUUAUGACUGCAGUAACAGAUAUAUUUGCUUUUUUA